AUGAGGCAUGAUGGGACCCAAGAUCCACAGGAGCAUCUGACGGCCUUUAAGGCCAGGAUGAAUUUAGAAGGGGUAGCCACCUUAGCGGGGCCUGCAAUUCGGUGGUUCAACAGCCUCCCGCAAGGUUCGGUGACGGCGUUCUCAGAUAUCACCCGCGCCUUCCUGGCCCAAUUUACUACCCGCAUUGCAAAGGCAAAACAUUCGAUCAACCUCCUUGGGAUGACGCAAAGAGCCAGAGAACUGACCAGGAAAUACCUGGACAGAUUCAACGAUGAAUGCUUGGAGAUCGACGGCCUAACCGACUCAGUGGCCAGUCUAUGUUUGACAAAUGGGUUGCUGAAUGAGGACUUCAGAAAGCACCUUACCACUAAGCCCGUGUGGACGAUGGAAGUUUACCAGCAGAUCGCCGACAAAGGCAUCUUGUCGAGGCCCCGACAACUCAAGGACAGGACGGGAGAAAACAUAAGCCUUUACUGCGAUUACCAAAAGGGCUAUGGACACAAGACCCAAGACUGCUUUGACCUGAAGGACGCCCUAGAGCAAACAAUUUGGGAAAGAAAGUUGGCCGAUUUCUCCCACCUUAUAGGGGAACCAAGGAGGCGGGAAAACGACCGAUCCAGUGAGGACAAAAGCCGCAUCAUGAGACAAAGCCAUGUCCUCUGGCUCCAUGCCGCCCUCCCGAAGGAUCGAUGGUUUGACGAUGUGACGAAGAACCCUCCGAUAGUGAUCACAGCCAGGGUGGGCACGGGUCUAGUGAAACGGAUCUUGGUAGACAUGGGAGCUGAUUCUAACAUCAUGUUCCACAAUGUAUUUGAUGCUGUGGGCCUACAGGAUACCAAUUUGAGAGGCCACCAACACGGCGUGGUCGGCCUAGGUGAUAACUUCAUCAAGCCCGACGGAGUAGUUUCCCUCCUGGUCUCCAUUGGCGAAGGUUGA